AAAAGGACCUCAACUUGGCUACCACAAAAACUCCUCUGUGAUCAUACAUUUAGAAAAUUAAGAGGACUAUGUACAUCUAUCUUCUUUUAGGCGUCGUAUUAUCUUGGCAUUUUCAAUUUUCUUUUACUUCAGCUUUCCUGACUUUAGGUCAGUGAGUGUGGUCUCGAGAGUAGAGCAUUUUGAGGGUGGUUGUUUUUUUUUGUUUUCUUUCUUUUAACUAAGGAAAUGCCUACUGUCAGUAGGUAUAUGAGUUUUCAUUCAUCAAAGCGAUUUAAACUUAGCAGCAGCUACCCAGUAGAAAGCAGUGGUGGCGGGCUGUCGGCCAGAGUGAAGAAAAGCAGGAGCAGCUUCAGUAAUGGUAGCAUCAAAAAGGUGGAGGCCAGGAAAGCCUUGAGCCUAGAGGCAGCCCAGCUCGAAGUCCAGCAACAGCACAAAACCCUCAGCAGACAAGCAGCCGUCAGAUCGCAGACAUUUGAUGUGGACAACAGAGGCUUUGAGAAGACGGAAGGCACAGGAACACAAAGUAGUUUCAUGAAGCACAACAGGACAUUCCACAGGUUGUUUCCAGACAUUCCUGAGAGUGAAGACUUGUUACAUGCUUACCUCUGUGCCCUGCAGAAAGAAGUGCCCUACCAUGGUCGGCUGUACAUCACAGACACUCAUGCCUGUUUCUUCUCAUCAGUUCUACUCAAGGACACUAAGGUAGUGAUUCCGGUUUCCUGCAUUCGCAUAGUGAAGAAGCAGAAUACAGCUUUGCUGGUGCCCAAUGCCUUGUCAAUCCGCACCACAGACGGAGACAAGUACUUGUUUGUUUCGCUGCGAAACAGAGAUUCCUGUUAUCAGCUUCUCCGGUCAGUCUGUCCCAAGGUAGAGUUACAGGACCACAGCACAAAUGGUAGCCCUUUCUACUCCUCAGCCGAGAACAGCUUUGAUAAGAGCAAACUGGUGAACUCCAGCCAGUCCAGUCUGGACGACAGCGUGGACCAGUUUGAAGGCUGUGAGACUCAGUCUUUAUACCACCAGCCUCUGCACAGACCACACAGAGAGACAGUGCCUAUUGGAAAUGGCUCCAGUUUCAGGAGCCUGCAAAUGCAUCAGGAUGAUAGCUCAUCUUCAGAAAAUCUAUCUGUGUCAGGUUCAGGUGGAUCAUGGGUUUGGAAUGUGACAGAAAAAGCAAAGUCCCUGCUGGUUCAGAGAGAGGUCGGCACCCUUAACACUCUACUCUUCAUAUACUUGAUUUUGGUGCUGCUGUUGCUGCUGUCUUCAGGCUACAUUGGUCUGCGUAUCGUGGCUCUGGAGGAGCAGCUGACAUCCCUAGGGGCACUGCCUGAGUUUACCUUACAGAGAGGGUACCACCAAGACACGUAACAUUCACUGAAUGAAGGAGAGAUGGGUUGACUGGUGAUUGGAGGAUUAUUUUGGCCUCUUCCCAGCUGAAGCCAGUGGGAGAACUUCAAACGGUCUCAGACUGUGAUCCCAACUCGGUCUGCUCUGAUGGCUCGAGGAACAAAUUGUGCAAUUUCAGAGACAACUGAUUAACUUGAAGGGCUAGACUAGUGCAGUAAACAAAAGGACAUGCCACAACGUGGUUACAGAGAGCCGAGCCAAAAUGCCUACGUGCACUGCCUGGUUGCAGCAUCUGUCGAUCAUACCAAAGCCAAAUGGCUCUGAGUUAACAAGGUGUCGCAUUAGCCAAGUCAACAGGCAUCUUCCUGAUGGAAACUGUUCCUCAUGUCUACUUAUGUUAUCCUCUGUCCUUCAUACUUUCUCUUCUUCCUGAGCAUGCAGUCUGAACAGGGCUAUACCAAUCAGCAUUAGCCUGCUGUAGUGCUUUUUUUUUUGUUUGCACCUCAACACCGGAGAUGUAGUGCUAUGCACAGCCAAAGAUGCAAACUGUGCACAUCUUUUGCAUGAGUGCACACA